UCAAUGUCAGUUUUUCUUGAUAUUUUUUUUUGUGUUUGUAAUUCUAGGUUAUCUCGUAAACUUUCGGUUAAUAAAUUAUACAUAAUUCACGUAAAAGUUAGAUAUUAAGUGCAACCGGUAUUUAUCUAAUUUUUUUUCUAGUAACCUUUAAAAUGGUAGAUUCUGGACCAUUUUCAACUAGUACAGCAUUUUGCGCCAGAUGUGGAUCUAUAUUGCCUCUUCUUCAAGAAUUUGGAUCCGUAAAAUGUUACGCUUGUAAAGGGAUAUAUGAUGCUGAAAAUUUCAGCAAUUUGAAGUUCAAAUACACUGUUAACUUUAACACAGUAUCUGUUGUGACUCAUGAGAAAAUGUUAAACAGAGAUGACCCAGAAGGUCCUGUAGUUGAGAGAAAAUGUCCUAAAUGUGGCAACGAUAGAAUGUCAUAUGCCACAUUACAGCUACGCUCAGCCGAUGAAGGGCAAACUGUAUUUUACACUUGUGUGGUUUGCAAGUACAAAGAAACAGAAAACUCAUAAAUUUAAGAUUGUACCUGAAUUCUGUAUAUAAAUAUAAAUUUAAGAAAAUG